AUGUCAGCUGAAUCAUCAGCCUCAAAUUCCACCGCAAUGGACGAUGUGCAAUUAAAUGCCGAAGGCAAGAUCGUGUGUUUAGAUGAUCCGGCCGAAUUUCUGAAACGAAAACCGAAAAAGAGCAUAUUGAAAAUGAAACAAGACUCUAGUUUGGAGAAACAAGAUGGGCGCGCGCAUUUUGAUGAAAUGAACAUUUUGGCAACUUAUCAUCCAGCUGAUAAGGAUUAUGGAACGAUGAAGGUAGGAGAGGGGGGAAUUUGAGCAUAGAAAGAAGGUCUUGGGACGAUUUUUAUUGCUGAAAUUCAAAAAAUUCAUGAAAUUUAGCCCAAAACAAGUUUUCUGGCUGUUUUUGAGAUCAAAAUUUGAAAAAAUUAUGUUUUUUUCAUCAAGAAAUGUCUUAACACAAUUUUGUAAGACCACAUUUGGUCUCGCAACGAAAAAUCAUGCCACGUGGACUUUUUAGCGCCAAUUUUCGGAUUUUUAAACCUAAAAUAGGUCUCAACACGAUUCCCAAGCCACGUGGAAUUUUUAUCUCUAACAUUUUUGAAUUUCAAGUCUCAAAAAGCAAAAUUUUUGAUUUUUGAACAAAAGUAGUUUCUCACAUCCUCAUUUUUGGCGCCAAAUUCAAACAAUUUUCAAAAAAUUCAGGAAAUUUAGCCCAAAACAAGCUUUCUGGCUAUUUUUGAGAUCAAAAUUGGUCUCGCAACGAAAAAUCAUGCCACGUGGAAUUUUCGGCUCCAAUUUUCGGAUUUUUAAACCUAAAAUAGGUCUCAACACGAUUUCUCCCAAGCCACGUGGAAUUUUUAUCUCUAACAUUUUUGAAUUUCAAGUCUCAAAAAGCAAAAUUUUUGAUUUUUGAACAAAAGUAGUUUCUCACAUCCUCAUUUUUGGCGCCAAAUUCAAACAAUUUUCAAAAAAUUCAUGAAAUCUAGCCCAAAACAAGUUUUCUGGCUAUUUUUGGGGUCAAAAUUGGUCUCGCAACGAAAAAUUAUGCAUCCUGGACUUUUUAGCGCCGAUUUUCGGAUUUUUAAACCUAAAAUUGGUCUCAACACGAUUUCCCAAGCCACGUGGAAUUUUUAUGGCGCCAAAUUCAAAUUUACAGAUCGAUGAGCCAAAAACACCGUAUCACAUUCAAUCGGACGGCGAAAUGACAGAUAAUGAUGAGGUGAGCGCUUUUUUCAGCUCUCACAGGAUUUUCAGACGUAUGUUUUUUACAGGGAGCCCUCGGAGUUCCGGCAAAUCGACCGCGUCGAGUUUCACUAGGAACAGCUGUCGAUCCGGAACAAGUUGCGCAAGGAUUGCAAAAUUCGGGUGAAACGGUAGGCAUUUUUGAAUUUUGCAGCAAAAAAAAAACAACUGAAAAUUUUCAGCAUUCUCGACCACUCUCGUCUGCUGAUAGUGAUAGUGAAGAUGAUACGGAAUUGACCGAGGAACAAAAAGGUUGGCAUUUUUUUUCUAGAAAUAUGCCACGUGGCAAUCAAAAAUCAAAAAAUUUCCAGCUCACAAACGAGACUUCGAAAAGAAACGCCGAGCUCAUUAUAACGAAGGUGCCGCCCUGAAAAUGCAUUUGGACGACGAAGAAGAGGAGGAGGAAAAAAUGCAGGACUAG